AUGGUACGCAGGGAUCGACAACUGGAUCAAGAGAGCAAUCGUCAGAAUCAAGAUAUAUAUAUUCGCAAGAACAGACUCAAUACCCAUCAGAAGAACACUGAACGAGCACUGUAUCGUAUGGAGCGGGCACUCAAGGAAACCCGGAACGAUCCCGAACCAGCCCCAGAGCGACCCCCGAAGACUGCCAAAAAGGGCCUGCUAGAGGUCGAUAUCUUUGCCAUCAGCGCGCAGAUUGACAAGAUUAUCGACGAGAAGAACCACCCUGAACGCCAACUGGAGGUCGAGAAGCUGAAAGAACAGAUCCCCGAGUCCUACCACGGCUUUGUAGAUGUAUUCUUGAAGUCAGCGUCGGAUACGCUGCCCCCGAGAAGGGAAAACGAUUACCGAAUUGAGCUUACUGAUAAGAAUACGCUGGGGUAUAGUCCUCUAUAUCGAUACUCUGCAAAGGAACUAGAGGCGAUCAAGGCCUAUCUAAUAGAGAACCUACAGAAGGGCUUUAUCGUUUCCAGUGCUGCCCCAUUCGGCUCUCCCGUACUAAUGGCUGCGAAGCCAGGGGGAGGCCUGCGGUUCUGCGUAGACUACUGGAAACUGAACUCAAUUAUCAAGAAGAACCGCUAUCCCCUGCCCCUGAUGGACGAGUUGCUGGACCGGCUAGACCACGCAAAGAUCUUUAUCAAGCUCGACAUUAGGCAGGGCUUCUACCGCAUACGAAUGCACCCCGAUUCAGUGAAUCUAACCACGUUCCGUACCAAGUACGGGUUCUACAAAUAUCAAGUCUUACCUUUCGGCUUGACCAAUGGACCCGCAGCGUUCCAACAGCUGAUAAAUGACAUCUUUAUUGAUCUGAUCGAUAAGUACGUAACUGUAUAUGUAAACGAUAUCCUGAUUUUCAGUGAAAACGAGCUUGAACACGAGGCCCACGUCCAGGAGGUACUUAAACGGCUCCGCGCUGCAGGCCUCCAGGCCGCUAUUCACAAGUGCGAAUUUAACGUGAAGAGAACUAAGUUCUUGGGUUUCAUCUUGACCCCAAAUGGCAUUGAGGUUGACCCUGAGAAGGUUGCAGUGAUCACUAACUGGCAGAUUCCUACCACAGUUAGGGGAGUCCAGUCGUUUCUCGGGUUCUGCAACUUCUAUCGACGUUUUAUAGAGGCCUACAGUAGGAUUGCCAGACCACUGAUCGAAACGGAUAUCUCUGACGGGGUAGUUGCAGGCAUAUUCUCCCAGUUAUUUGAGGGUAGGUGGCACCCGAUUGCCUAUUUCUCUAGGAAUAUGCUCGGUGCUGAGCGCAACUACGAUAUUCAUGAUAAGGAGCUCUUGGCCAUAGUUCGAGCUCUAGAGCUCUGGAGAACGGAGCUUGAAGGGUUACAGACUACUGAACGAAUAGAUAUCUGGACUGAUCAUAGGGCCCUUGAAUACUUUAUGACUACGAAGAAAUUGAACGGGCGCCAGGCCCGGUGGUUAGAGUUUCUUUCAAGGUUCCACUUCAUGAUUAAGUUCAGACCCGGGUUAAAAAAUGCAGCUGCUGACGCCUUAUCGAGACCUGAAGAGAGUCCUCUGGACCUAGACACAAAGAACCAGGCUCUGUUGAGGCCAGAGUGGUUGGAAGAGGGUGUUCUGCCUCCGCAGGCCAUUGAACAGGAGCUAUCUGCUAUAUCAGCACUUCUCGCUCCCAUAGAGCUGGAUGACAUCCAGUUGAUGGACCGUCUACUGCAGGCUAAUCGCACUGCGACUGACCUUGACGAAGAAAAGGCUGCUGCUGCUGAAGAAGGCUCGGAAUAG